AAACUGACAUCAUGGUUAAGUUUAUAUUGUGAAUAUUUGAGUUUGUAAAUACUUUUGUGCUAUCAAUAUAAGGCUGUUGUUCAAGAUACUAUUAUCAUAAUUGAAAUAAUAUUUACUAUAAAAAUAUGGGCCCCAAGAAAAGGGGAGAAUGUUCUAAUAAUGAUAGAGGAUCUGAUAGUGAAUCGGAUUCGGGCUCGUCUCGCAGUAGGAGUCCCAGUCCUGCUGUUUCAGUAAAUCAAGAUCCAGUUCCAACUCCUGGUUAUUCUCUUGAGCAACAGUCAAGAUCAAAUUCACCCGCGGAAUAUAGAUCAAAUUCACCACAAUCACCAGGUUCUAGGUCAGCAUCUCAUUCACCUGCAUCUCAUAGAAGCAAUUCUCCACACCAAAGUGGUGAACCUGCCAGCCCUGCUCGAUCAGGAGGCCAUUAUAGUGGGUCCAAAUUCUCCCAAUUUACAGAUUGAUGCUAGUUCUCAGAGAGGUUCUGUCAGCCCUGACUCCCAUAGAUCAGGUUCAAGAAAUUCAUCUAGAAGGUCCUCAAGAAGAUCUUCAAAAGAUUCCAGAAAGUCUUCAAGGGGAUCUCGUAGAUCCUCAAGAGCUUCUAGUC